UUCCCCGGCCCAACGCCAUCUUUGCCUGGACUCCAACAGAAAAACAGCAGCGCUGACCCGAACAGAUCGCUCUCGCCGCAGGCGGCGGCCAGGGCGAUCGACGGCGGUAUGGUGCAGGCGAUGCCGCGCCUUCUGAUGGGACGGUACCACCUGGGCAAGCUGCUCGGCAAGGGCAGCUUCGCCAAGGUGUACCACGCGCGGAACGUCGAGUCGGGGGAGGAGGUGGCCAUCAAGAUGAUGGACAAGGACCACCUGGCGAAGACGGGCGCUGCGCAGCAGCAGAUCAUGCGCGAGAUCGACAUCAUGCGCCGCGUGCGACACCCCAACGUCGUGCGAAUCCACGAGGUGAUGGCAAGCAAGACGCGCAUCUUCGUCGUCAUGGAGUUCGUCGGCGGCGGCUCGCUCCACGGCUACCUUGUCCACCGGAGCGACCGCGGCGUCGGCGAGGUCGUCGCGCGCCGCGUGUUCCAUCAGCUGGUGUCGGCGCUCGACUACUGCCACUCGCUUGGGGUGUACCACCGCGACAUCAAGCCCGAGAACAUCCUCGUCGACGACAAGGGCAACAUCAAGGUCGCCGAUUUCGGCCUCUCCUCUCUCGCCGACACGGCGAGACAGGAUGCGCUCCUCCACACCAUCUGCGGGACGCCCAUGUACAUCGCGCCUGAGGUGCUCGCGCGCCGGGGCUACGACGGCGCCAAGGCGGACGUAUGGGCCUGCGGCGUCGUGCUCUUCGCGCUCGCGGCCGGCCGCUUGCCCUUCAAUCACAAGGACAUCUAUACCAUGUACCACAUGAUCUGCCGCUCCGAUUACCAGUGCCCGCCGUGGUUCAGCGCCGGCCUCGUCCGCCUCAUUCGCCGCCUCCUCUGUCCCUACCCAACGCAGCGCAUCACCAUACCACAGAUCAAGGAAACUCCGUGGUUCAAGAAGGGCUUCAAAGAGAUCAACUUCUACAUCGGUAACGACGACCGCCCACGCAGCCUCGGCAAGUCAGGCGAGCCCGAGCAGCGAUACUUCGACUCCGACUCGGACGACGACACGACCGUGUCAUCUCUGUCGUCGGAGGAUCCGUUCUCCCCGGUGGCGGGCGUGCAGCACCGUGGCAGCGGCAGCCGUAUGCACACCUCGGUGUCGGCGCCGUCGCUGACCACGCUCGAGAAAACGGACAGUGCCGCCAUCCAGGUCCACCCGCGCAUGCGCCGGCCGAAGAGCCUGAACGCGUUCGACAUCAUCGCGUCCUCGCCAAGCUUCGACCUGUCCGGGCUGUUCGAGGAACCAGGCGAGCAGAUGCGGUUCGUGUCCGCCGCGCCCGUGGCCAAGAUCAUCUCCAAGCUGGAGGAGAUUGCCGGGCACGUUAGCUUCACGGCGCGCACCAAGGAGUACCAGGUGAGUAUCGAGGAGACGCGGAACGGGCUCAGGGGCGCGCUCCUCAUCUCCACCAAAAUCUUCGAGAUCACGCCGGAGCUCGUCAUGGUCAAGGUGUGCAAGAAGGCUGGCGACAUCGCCGCAUACCGGCAGUUCUGUAGCAAUGAGCUCAAGCCCGGCCUGCGUGGCCUAGUCGACGGCCUGCGAGAGGACUGCGUCUGUGUAGCUUGCGACUCUGAGUGACCGGUAGGGCGGCUCAAGUAUCUUUUCUUUUACUGCAGUAAUUUAAUAGUGCUACGAGUUUUAAGUUUUCUGACAGUGUUAAUGGUGGAUCAAGAAUUUAUCACGGCACUGUUGUUGUUACGUUGCUAGGUGUAGUAUGUACACUUCUCAUCGUUAUGCAUUUCAUUUGGAAAAGAUAAUUUAUUGUUAUGUGUACUGGUUGUUUUCUGA